CCAGCAGGGUUCGCUGUUCGCUUCCGCCGCUUCGCUCUGGUCAAAGCGAACUGUCGUCGACGCGGAACUCCGCGUUUGGUGUCUGGUGUGUUUACGGCCCCGCUGGCUCUCUUUGUCCGCAGAAAAGGAGCAGAAUGUGCGCCGUGCAGCUGCUGCGGGUGUCGGUACAUGAGCGGAUCGGCGCCGCCGCUGAAGACGUUCUGCUGCGGGUGGAAAAAGGAGAAGAAGCGGCUGAAAUCCCGGCGCUGAGAGCGCUGCUCACCGAGCGGCUAACGGCGGCUGCGGAGGAGAUUGUCGGUCUGUUUGAGGAAACCGUGGCGGAGUACGAAGACAGAGCUGAGCGGUCAGAGCGGGAGAUCUGCCGCCAGAGGAGGCUGCUCGAUGUCGUGCUGAAGCCCCAAGUCAAGUUGUAUAGAGCAGAGCGUAUGACCGACCUCCAGCUUCCAGUCCAUCCUGCAGACCUGGACCAGACCGACCUCCAGCCUGCAGACCUGGACCAGACCGACCUCCAGCCUGCAGACCUGGACCAGACCGACCUUCACCCUGCAGACCUGGACCAGACCGACAGCGAUACUUCCUGCCCGUCGACGCCUCGCUCUCCCUCACCCGCCUUAGCCAUCCACGGCGACGAUGUUCCGCAGGGUAAAUGGACCGAACAGGGUCGGACUCUGAGACCUCCGUGGAGAAAGAAGAGAGGACGGCCACCGCUCGCCGUCAGGAACAAACGGACGCGGUUGAGUCUGGCUCAGAGUUUCAGCUGCCACGCGUGUGGACGCUCUCUGCAGGGGAAAGGCUUCCUGCUCAAACACGUCUUGCAGGUCUGCGCCAAGGACCCGGACUGCUGCUGCGGCUUCUGCGGCGAGCGUUUGGACUCCUCCGCCGACUUGACGGCUCACCUGCAAACGCACCAGGAGACGAGUAAAACCUGCUCCUUCUGCGGGAAAACCUUCCAGUCCAUUCUGGCGCAGGAGCUGCAUGUGCGCCUGCACACAGGAGAGAAACCGUACAGCUGCAACGUCUGCGGCAAGAAGUUCAGCCAGGAGGGCAACCUGGCGUCGCACAUGCGCAUCCACGCCUCAGAGAAACCCUUCAAAUGUAAAGAGUGCAGCCGGGCCUUCUAUCACAUGACGUCGUUGGAGCGUCACAUGCAGGAUCACGGCAGCGAGGACGUGCACACCUGCAGCAUGUGCGGUCAGGAGUUCACCAAGCGGCGCAGCCUGCGACAACACAUGGUGACUCAUCAGAAGGACGCCACAGACAAACCAAAGAGAUAUCGCAGCUCAGCGCCCUCCUACCGCUGCAAAGCGUGCGGGGACACCUUCGACAAGAGGAGCUUCUUGUUGAAACACGUCGAGACUCACCUGCAGGACCCCGACUGCUGCUGCGGACUCUGCGGACACCAGUACGAGUCCGCCGCCAGCCUCGCCGCUCACCUGCACUCCCAUCGCGAGAUCGCCAAUACCUGUCACGUCUGCGGGAAGUGCUUCAGUGCUCAGGCGGCGCUACUGAUGCACAUGAGGAUCCACACGGGAGAGAAACCGUACUCCUGCAGCUUCUGCGGGAAGAGUUUCAACCAGAGCGGCAACCUGAAGACGCAUCUGAAGAUCCACAGCGGCGAGCGGGCGUUCAGCUGCAGCCUCUGCGGGAAGGGCUUCACCCAGAAACAGACCCUAAACACUCACGUCCGCUUCCACAACAAGGAGAGACGCUUCCUGUGCCAGGUGUGCGGGAAGGGCUUCAUGCAGGAAGUGGACCUGAAGAGACACAUACUGAUCCACACCGGAGAGAAACCGUACAGCUGCAGGGUUUGCGGGAAGAGCUUCCAGGCCAAACGCUCGCUCAACGGACACCUCAAAGUCCACCUCAAAGUCCACAUGGCUGGAGGGGGGGCGGGGGGACCGGAGCUGGAUCAGACCUCGGAGCAGCAGAGGACGGACGGUUUCUACUCCGGCUUCAUCCAGCUUUAGAGCUCUAUAGGACAGACGGUAUAUACUACUUCAUCCAGCUGUAGACCUCUGGAGGACGGACGGUUUCUACUCCGGCUUCAUCCAGCUGUAGAGCUCUAGAGGAUGGACGGUUUCUACUCCGGCUUCAUCCAGCUGUAGAGCUCUAGAGGACGGACGAUAUAUACUACUUCAUCCAGCUGUAGAGCUCUAGAGGACGGACGAUUUCUACUACGGCUUAAUCCGGCUGUAGAGCUCUAGAGGAUGGACGGUUUCUACUCCGGCUUCAUCCAGCUGUAGAGCUCUAGAGGAUGGACGGUUUCUACUCCGGCUUCAUCCAGCUGUAGAGCUCUAGAGGACUGAUGGUUUCUACUCCGGCUUCAUCCGGCUAUAGAGCUCUAGAGGACGGACGGUUUUUACUCCGGCUUCAUCCGGCUAUAGAGCUCUAGAGGACGGACGGUUUCUACUCCGGCUUCAUCCGGCUGUAGAGCUCUAGAGGACAUCAGUGAACAUCAGAUAUCAAUAACCACAUAAAACAAUCGAUGAGGUUCUUGAAGAACUCUUUCCAGUCCAGAACUCUGAGUCCAGCAGAUCUGGUUCUCUGGAUCAGGUUAGCUCUUUUGUACUGUUAGCUCAGUAUAUAAUGAGACGGAAGUAUCUGACGAUGCUAAACUAACGUCUACUCUCUUAGCCAAAUGUUAUCAACUUAAUCUCCCACAAUUUGUAAAGAUCUUCAUUAUUUAACAUUAAACCAGUAACUAUUAGUAA